AUGGCAUCUCACACAUACUCAGGUGUCCUCGGCCUCGCCAUGCUGCUGGUCACAGCUCCCCUUGCGGUGGCACGUCAAUCCCAACCCACAUGCUUGCCCAUGCCCGUGGUUCCCGGAAACACCACCAUUUCAACCCACACUAUCAACAACACCCUGAUCGUCGAGGCUGACGCACCCAAUCCCAGCCCUAGCCCCAGCGCCUCUCCUCGCCCGGAGCUGAGGAUCAUCGACGAAGAUCCCGUGUACAAGUACGUGGGAUGCUGGUCUGAGGUCACCCUUUUGAACCCCGACGUGCAUGCCCUCGAUGGACCCUUCUUGACGGCACCCGGCCUCAUGAAUGUCCACGUGUGCGUGGAUUUCUGCCGCCGCGCCUCUAACAAGAACAAGCAGAACCAGACUGGCUACCAUUACGCCGGCCUUGAGUUUGCCUAUCAGUGCUGGUGUGGUGACAACCUCUCGAAGCACAGCUACCACUUGAUUGACGACGUCUGUGAUCUUCCUUUCUCACCCAUAUUCCCCCCUUUUCCUGGAUACCAAUGGAGUCGGAAGUUUCUCCAUAUUAUUCAGCUGAUUGAAACUCUCCUUGCCCCCGUGAAUAUGCCCGAAUAUACUACGCUGUGUGAUGGUGCCAACACGACUGUGUGUGGUGGACAUCUCGCCAUGACGCUAUACAACAUUACAGAAAAGAAUACUCCUGGAGAUAACAAUGGAUUCGGCGGAAACGGAAGCAAUGCCGGAACCGGCACCCAGCCAGAAGCACCCCAUGAUCAAGCGGCACUACAAGCCGUGGGAAUGGGUAUUCUCGUGUUGGCUGUGACUUUUGCCUUGGGCUGGGGUUGCUUGUAA